UGCUAGGGUUUUUGUAGAAGAGCUGCGCCAAGCGGGAACAGGGGAAUCAAUCGAGCAAGAAUUCUCUGCGGCAGCGAGCGAGCAUUCUAGGAGGAAGAGCCAUGGCGAGCACCAAAGUACAGCGGAUUAUGACCCAGCCCAUUAACCUGAUCUUCAGGUUUCUUCAGAGUAAAGCGCGAAUUCAGAUAUGGCUUUUCGAGCAGAAGGAUCUGAGGAUUGAAGGCCGAAUCAUUGGCUUUGACGAGUACAUGAAUCUGGUUCUUGAUGAUGCGGAGGAGGUCAGCAUCAAGAAGAACAGCAGGAAGCAACUCGGGAGGAUUUUGCUAAAGGGCGACAAUAUCACUCUGAUGAUGAAUACUGGGAAGUGACUGACUGAUGCCUGAGUGAUAAUAGGCUGAAUGUAGACAACAAAAUCCCGUAGAGGCUGGAUGCUAGUGGUUCUGUUGGAUGGUUGAAUCUUUUCUGGAUGAAUUUUACUCUUUUCUAUCUUAGUCUAUGGUUUUGUAACUCAUCUCUGUUAUGAACUCUAUUCCUUUUCUCCAACUUUAUUUUAUAUGCAUUAAUAUGUUGUGUACAAGAAUUCAAAGCCACAUGGAAUUGAAAUUCAGGUGAAGUGGAAAGUUUGUUUGGUAUGGAUUUUGUGA